AAAGUGGAGAUAUAAAACAGAGUGUAAGAAAAAAAAAAAGAUCUAUUAACUUCGAAGACAGUGGAUAAGUGGCACUCUUUUAUUUUGUUGCUCCUCGCGUACAGAUGGUUUUGGCGGACACUGAAUGUAAUUUGUCUUGAAGUACUCUACUCACACUACCAUCAAGAGAAUCUUGAUAGGUCUGCUUUUAGUAGGCAACUAAUACAACUGUGAGGAUCCCAUCUAGCCGGCAAUAUAUCAACUAUACAAACCUACCUGCUGUCUUGGGCAGCACCUUUGGAGAAACCAGAGAGCGUUUUUUUGCGGAUAUAAAUUACUCUCUGUAAUCUUAUACCUGAUUAUAAGACGGUUGGGUUUAUACCUGCUACAGUUAGUCCGUAUUUGCACUUGAUGGAAUAGAGAACUGCAAUCGGGAAGACACGAGCUAAUUUGUUGUAUCGUCGGUUGGAAGGGAUUGCACUCGGUAAUUAGGACUUAGGGAUUGUGAAUUGCAACGCGGUGCUAGUUUGAUGCUGUUGGAGUAUUGGUGUAUGCAGGCUUUUCUAAUAAAGAAAAAUAGUUCCUGAAACUUCACGUUCAACGCCCCUAACGCGAGAUUAGUGAAUCGUUUGGAGUUAGUUACAUUAUGAUGGAACUGAACGGUACAGUAGAAAAUAUUCUCGGUAUUAGAGCCACAGAUCAUGAUCAUGAUCAUGAAGAUGAUGAUACGGAAUCGAUUGUGUUUGCCAAAUCGACGGCUAUGGUCGUUUUGUUUGCGGUUAGUAUGGUAUGCGGAGUAGCGCCAUUCAAAUUAGCCCAAUGGUUUAAGUGGACUGAUAGCGCAUCGGAUACCAAAGCAAGUCUCGUGGUGUCCGUACUUCUUUCGUUUGGUGGAGGUGCGCUUCUUUGUACAACGUUCCAGCAUCUACUACCAGAAAUUAACGAGAUCAUCGAAGAACUUACGGAAGAAGGCCACAUUCCUGAGCUAAGAUUCAGUUUAGGAGAAUUUCUAAUGUGCUCAGGAUUUUUUAUUAUAUAUCUCGUGGAAGAGUUGGUCCACGUCUAUCUGCACAGACACGAAAGAAAGGUGAACGAAGCCAAAAUAAAUGAAUUGGAUGCUGCCAGUGGAGCUAUUAUGAGAGGAACACAUGCCAGGGAAAGCAUUAUAACGCGAAAGAAAAAUAGUGAUGUCCGCAGCGGAAGCAUUUCCACCGCAGAUCUUAUCUCGAAUGAUUUAGAAAAUCAAAAACGUGGAAUUAAAUCAGAAAUAAAUGGUUCCAUGAUGAUUGAUAAUACUCACCACCCCCAUGAUCAUCAUGUUCAUCAUCAUGUACCUACUUCAAAUGUCGAUGGGAAACUAGUUUCUUCGAUACGUGGUUUGCUGAUUGUCCUCGCUCUAUCGGUGCACGAGUUAUUCGAAGGGCUUGCGGUUGGCUUGGAAGGAUCCACUUCCACUGUCUGGUACAUGUUUGGAGCAGUGGCAGCACAUAAGUUUGUCAUUGCCUUUUGUGUUGGAGUGGAAUUGAUUGUAGCACAAACCUCGUUCUGGCUAGCCAUCGGUUACAUUUUCAUAUACUCUGUCGUUAGUCCACUGGGAAUCGGAAUCGGAAUUCUUUUGAGCAACGGAAGCAGUGGUGACGAUAUGCAGGUGAUAUCCGUUAUUCUACAAGGGCUUGCCUCUGGAACACUGUUGUACGUCAUUUUCUUUGAAGUUCUUUCAAAAGAUCGGUCCGGUCUAUGGCAGUACCUGGCGGUGCUCAUCGGUUUCUUCUUUAUGUUUGGAAUUAUGUUUUUAACUAAAGAUGGUCACAAUCACAGUCAUGGUAUAUCUAGUGAUAAUGGAGAUCAUAAUCAUGACCAUGAGUAGCAAAUAGCAAAUAUCAAUGAAUGCCAUAAAUAAUCAAGUGAUCGCCGGAGCAGCAGGAGUUGAAUGUGGCAAAUUAUAUGAUGAAGAUCAAAUGAUUUGGGAUGCUAGUUAAUACUAUAGUAGAGUAUAUGCCGACGCCAGAAAUACUGCAGCUGUGAUAGAGAACAAAUUUAAACAAAUUUUUAUCUAAUAACUGAACAAAUAGAAGCUUCGUGUAAUUUUAAUAUAAUGCUAAAAUUACGCUUAGAUUAGAUAGUGUACAAAAUACCAUUCCGGUACCAGGACAAUUAGUUGACGUGAACCACCAGUAGUUAGGAUGGAACUAUACUUCUUCUAAAACAAGACUUGAUAUGUAUUUUAUUUUGCAAUAGCAUUUUAUAAUUAUUUGAUUAAAGAUAAUCAGUUUGGA